AUGGGUAGGAAAUUGUGGCUUCCCGUUGCCGCGAUCCUUGUGUUCACGGUAGCUGAAGCUCGUACUCAUUCGGAAGGAUAUGGCAAACUGUUCGAGAGAUGUACCAAGGAAAAAAAUACAUUCGAAUGUCUGAAGAAGAAAGCACUUGAUAUUCUGGAUAACGCUAUCAAGGAUGACACGGUUUACUCUGUCAACGAUUACAUAUCCAUCGGUAGAGAUGCCAAUGCUGUUAAAAAUAUCGAGUUGCGAUCGUUCAACGAGAAUUUGACUCAACAGAGGAGCCUCGAUGACGAACUGGAUAAAAAGUUUCAUGAUUAUCUAACUUCUAGGAGCAUCAAACUCACAAUUCCUGGAGAUGCUUUCGAAGGAAGAGGGAAGAAGGACAAGAAGGGUGGCAUGAGUGGUCUUAUGAUGGGUGGGCUGGCACUUGCAGGUAUGUUAGCGCAGCUGGCUUUCGGUAAGAUUGCUUUCCUAGCAGGAACAGCAUUGCUUACAGCGAAGAUUGCGCUUGUGCUGAGUGCAAUUAUCGGCUUGAAGAAACUUGUCUCAGGUGGUGGUGGUGGUCACGAGGUGAUUUACGCCACUGCAAGUGAACAUCACGGAGGUAGUUUUGGAGGUGGAUGGCAACGUGCUCUCGAUGCCAUACCCAUUACCUGAUUCAGUCAAUUAAGAUCCGAAGACGUGAGCGGACGAGACGAAAGAGAAAAAGAGAUAAACAAUCAUCUUGAAACCCUCGCCACACUUUUUGUUAGCUAGGCUACU